AAUCUCCUCAACACUCGGUCCAUCACCAUGUCUUCCGCAACUGCUUCCAUCAAGCUUUCCAACGGAGUUGAGAUGCCGGUCAUCGGUCUCGGAACCUGGCAGUCAAGCCCCGCCGAAGUCAUCACCGCCGUGAAGACCGCCGUCAAAGCUGGCUACCGUCUCAUCGAUACCGCAUCCGUAUACCAAAACGAGGAAGCCAUCGGAACUGCUAUCAAGGAGCUUCUCGAGGAGGGAGUUGUCAAACGUGAGGAGCUGUUCAUCACUACUAAGGCUUGGACUCACGAGUUGGCUCCGGGAAAACUGGAGGGUGGACUUCGCGAGUCCCUCAAGAAGCUUCAACUGGAGUACGUCGACUUGUACCUUGCUCACAUGCCAGCUGCAUUCAACGAUGACAUGAGCGAGCACAUCGCUUCGCCAGUGGAGGACGUCUGGCGUCAGUUUGAUGCAGUCUACAAGGCCGGACUUGCCAAGGCUGUCGGUGUCUCCAACUGGAACAACGAUCAGAUUUCUCGUGCUCUUGCUCUUGGAUUGACACCAGUUCACAACUCCCAAGUCGAGCUUCAUCUCUACUUCCCACAGCACGACCACGUCGAUUUCUGCAAGAAGCACAAUAUCUCGGUCACUUCCUACGCCACUUUGGGAAGCCCAGGACGUGUCAACUUCACUCUUCCAACUGGACAGAAAUUGGACUGGGCUCCAGCUCCAUCCGACCUUCAAGACCAAAAUGUGUUGGCUUUGGCUGAGAAAACCCACAAGACUCCAGCCCAGGUGCUCCUCCGCUACGCUCUUGAUCGUGGAUGCGCAAUCCUUCCAAAGUCGAUCCAAGAAAAUCGCAUCAAGGAGAACUUCGAGGUGUUCGACUUCUCUCUCACUGAAGAGGACAUUGCCAAGCUCGAGGAGAGCAAGAACUCGCAGCGUCUCUUUCUUCAAGAUUUUAUGACCGGACACCCCGAGGAUGCCUUUGCUGCUGAGCGCAAGUAGAUCACCGUCAUCCACAACUGGUUCUUCGUUCAUCAUUUCAAAGUUCAAUUUCCCAUUCACAUUCGUCACACGUUCUCUUUCCUUUUUGGCAUGUAUUUCUCAGCAUGAUUGCUUUAUUUCAAAAAUAAAUACGUUGAUCU